UGACUAUGAGGGGUUCCGGUGGUUCCUGGACACGUUCCUCGAGGUCUCCACGCCCGAUGAACUCUCCAGACAUUUGUUCCUGUCGUUUGUUCGGCGAGAUCGCAGACCAGCGCUGCGGGAGAUGGCGGCUGCUAGUUCCACUACGGCCUGCGCAGCGGUCACAGCCCAUGCUGACCAUCAGGUGAAACCAACGCUGGCUUCGAAGAUCCACGGUCUGGCUGAGAGACUUCAGCAGUUGGGAAAGAGCUCCGCUGAUUCGGUAGACGGAAGCGACAAGGGAUCAAGAAGCAGAACCGGUAGCGUCCACCCCAUGUUCACGGUGACCACGCAUCCUUCGUACUCCUCCCACGAGCUCUGCUUGGACAGACGCAACGAGACCAGUCCCAGUCACAGUCAAAUGUCGAGAAACUCCAGCAGAAAGAGCAGCAACUCAAUGAGGGUCAACCAGUCUACUAAAAUCGAAGAUUUUAGACACCUAAUGAGACGCUCAUCGACAGUAGAAGUACACACAGCCAGAGUCUCCCUCAAGGAUAUCGUCUGUUACCUCUCACUCCUAGAAGCAGGCAGACCUGAAGACAAGCUGGAGUUCAUGUUUAGACUCUACGACACCGAUGGUAACGGCGUACUGGACACUAACGAGAUGGACUGCAUCGUGAACCAGAUGAUGGCGGUCGCUGAAUAUCUAGGCUGGGAGACUUCUGAGUUGAGGCCUAUUUUACAAGAUAUGAUGGUUGAGAUAGACUAUGACGCCGAUGGGACGGUUUCUCUGGACGAAUGGAAACGAGGCGGCAUGACCACAAUACCUCUGCUGGUUCUCCUGGGCUUGGAUACUAACGUGAAAGAAGACGGCGAGCACGCGUGGAGAUUAAAGCACUUCAGUAGACCAGCGUAUUGCAAUCUGUGCUUGAACAUGCUCGUGGGGCUCGGGAAAAAGGGCUUGUGUUGCAUUUUUUGCAAAUUUACGGUACACGAGCGUUGCGUCCAGCGAGCACCGGCCUCUUGCAUAGCCACUUAUUCCAAGUCCAAACGUGCUUCUGCCACACUUGCUCAUCAUUGGAUCGAAGGAAACUGCCACGGAAAAUGCGCUAGAUGUCGGAAAAAGAUCAAAGGCUACAAUGGUAUCACCGGCUUGCACUGUCGCUGGUGUCACAUUACACUCCACAACCGUUGCGUGGGCGCGGCGGGCGGGGCGUGCACAUUGGGCCGCCACGCGCCGCACAUCCUGCCGCCCACCGCCAUCCGUCCUCUCGUGCUCGACCGCCAACGCUCUCUGCCGCACCGACCGCAGCCUGACCAGCAAACACUGCCGACUUCAAUAUCGCUGCCCAUCUCGAUAGCCGCUGUUCCCGAAGAACGGAAGGAGCAAAAGAAAGAGCCCAGAGCACCUCCUAUAUCAUUCCAAGUAACUCCUCCUGAGGGGAGCUGCCCUUUACUAGUGUUCAUAAACCCUAAGAGCGGAGGGCGACAAGGGUCUAGGGUUCUCAGGAAACUCCAAUAUAUCUUGAACCCGAGACAGGUUCAUGAUAUCACCAAAGGAGGACCUACGCAAGGUCUGCAGAUGUUCAAAGACGUGAAGAACUAUCGUGUCAUAUGCUGCGGUGGAGACGGUACAGUUGGCUGGGUUCUGGAGACCAUGGAUAAGGUGCAAAUGGAAACUCAGCCGGCGGUCGGGGUGAUACCUCUAGGAACCGGAAAUGAUCUGGCGCGGUGUCUGCGGUGGGGAGGAGGCUAUGAAGGUGAAUCAAUUCACAAAAUACUGGACAAGAUCGCCAGAGCGAGCACUGUGAUGAUGGACAGGUGGCAGAUUAUGGUGGAAAACUUGGCUAUGGAGUGUGAUCAGCCUCAAAUGCCAGACUCGGCGCCUCAUCCCACAACAGUCCCGUACAACAUCAUCAACAAUUAUUUCUCCAUCGGCGUUGACGCCGCUAUCUGCGUGAAGUUCCACACGGAGAGAGAAAGGAAUCCGGACAAGUUCAGUUCUAGAAUGAAGAACAAGCUGUGGUACUUUGAGUUCGCGACGUCGGAACAGUUCGCAGCCAGCUGCAAGAACUUACACGAGAACAUCGAUAUCGUGUGCGACGGGUCGUCUCUUGAGCUGAAGAAGGGUCCGUCGCUGCAGGGCGUGGCGCUCCUCAACAUCCCGUACGCGCACGGCGGCUCCAACCUGUGGGGCACCAGCGCGGCGCAGCGGCGGGGGCGCUUCCCGCAAGCGCAGCAAGACAUCGGCGACAGAAUGAUCGAAGUGAUCGGACUUGAGAAUUGUCUACACAUGGGUCAAGUGCGGACAGGCCUUCGAGCCUCCGGGCGAAGGUUGGCCCAGUGCAGCUCAAUAACGAUCACCACGAAGAGAAUGUUCCCGAUGCAGAUUGACGGCGAGCCCUGGAUGCAGCCGCCGUGCACGAUCACAAUCACGCAUAAAAAUCAAGUUCCGAUGCUCAUGGGACCAGAGCCAGAGAAAGGAAGAGGAUUCUUCAAAAUAUUCACUCACUGUUAACUUUAUUGUCUUACUAAUCGAAGUUAUUGUUCGAUUAUAAAAUAUAUUUAUUGAUUUUCUGAAUUGUUUAUACGAUUGUUGUUGAGUUAUGGUGUAAAUGCAUUUCAUUGUUACAUUGUUUAGAAUAAUGGUUUAUUUUACGAAUAAAUUUAUUUAUUAAUUAUUUAAUAAAUUUAUCUAUUCGUGGGGUUUAUUUAUGUUUAGAAUUUUGAUCAUGUUAUUGGAAUUUGCUUAGUAGCAAAGCGACUGUAUAUAUUUAUAUUUAUUUAUUAUUCAUGUCAAAUGUAAUAUUUCUAUUUUAAUAUAUUUAUUUCAAUCGUAUAGUACAGUUAUAGUUUAAUAGGAAAUGAAAACGUCGCUUAUAGUAUAGUUGCAAUGUUUUUUUUUUUUUAUUGCUUAGAUGGGUUGACGAGCUCACAGCCCACCUGGUGUUAAGUGGUUACUGGAGCGCAUAUACAUCUACAACGUAAAUGCCGCCACCCACCUUGAGAUAUGAGUUCUCUAGAUCGGCGAUGGUUAUUGCUGCGUGCUCAAGGUUGGCUCUAGUAGCCAUGAUAUCAGGGUUAUGGAGGCACUUCUCACUGCCAGUAUAUACCGUCUUGCUGUCUUCCUUAUAGGAAGAAAGAAAAACUUUUUUUUGCUUAGAUGGGUGGACGAGCUCACAGCCGACCUAGUGUUAAGUGGUUACUGGAGACCAUAGACAUCUACAACGUAAAUGCGCCACCCACUUUGAGAUAUAAGUUCUAAAGUCUCAAGUACAGUUACAACGGCUGCCCCACCCUUCAAACUUCAAACUGUUGGUAGGAACCAACAGUCUUCGAUCAUGGGCGGAAUGGAACCCACGGUGGAGACUUCCACCAACCGCUUCCUUAACCAGAUCUGACCAUCUGGCUGAUAUGAUAUACGCUUACGAGCUUGCAAUACUUUGUAUCAGUAAAAUUAAGGGCCCGGGUCUAGAAGAAUUAGUCUGCGAGAAGGUGGUCGUAUGUUAGUGUGUAUAUAGAGACCCGGGAUGUUCUAUAGAGGUGGUCACAAUCAGAAUCAUUAUGUUAAGUUAUUCCGAUAAUUCAGGAGAAGACUUUAGUUUGAAGUAGAGUUAGAGUGAAGUAUUUACUGGUGGUGGGACCUCUUGUGAGUCCGCGCGGGUGGGUGCCACCACCCUGCCUAUUUCUGCCGUGAAGCAGUAAUGCGUUUCG